UCGAUUUCAGUGUUCCGCACUUGGUCUCUCUCCUAUAUUUUUUUAUUCUUGUUUGGAGGUCGACUCUCCGACUCAAACCUGUCCCGUUAAGAAGCUGUCGGCUCUGGUCGAGGAAGUUCCCACCCUUUCAAGUUGGAGCCUCGCAACAUCGAUCCCGCAUUAGUGGAAGCUGCUGAAUAUGCCAGACUCCAAUAUCCGGCCUCCUGAACCCAGUCCAGGGUCAUCAUCAACAUAUACACCCGAUGAAUCGAUCGACGAGCUAGUGGACGUCCUGGCAGGGCUUGCAGUCCAGUACUCGUGGGCUGAGACUAUCGCGGAAGUCACUAAGAGGUGCAAGCUCCCAGAUAUACGUACAAAGCAUGGCCUGAAAAAGGUACACAAGGACUGGGACAAAAUCACACUACUUCUCAAUAAGACAUACGCCACCGGGCGAGCUCGUGGUGAAAGUCCCUCCUGUGCAGUAGUCAUAGCGAUAUAUGUCAAGAUGUGUGCGGACUCGAUCUUGUGCAAGCGGAUUUUUGCAGAAUGUGACUUCUUAGAGAAAGUGCGAUGGCUUCUCACCCACCCCAAUGGAACAUCUGGCCUCGUCGUCUCGCACUGUCUCUACCGAGUAAGCCUUCUUUGUGACUCCGACGACCGCAAAUCCAUAGGUGCCAAGCUCGGUGGACCUCUUAUGGACUUCAUCGAGAAGAGGAUUGACAACGAUCCCGACGGUUCCCUGCAGUUUGCCACGACAGCCCUCGCCAACAGCUUGUCCGUAUACACCCAGAAUAUCACGGUCUCGGCUUUGGACGCUGCUGACUUGCGUGCCAUUGAUACUGGCCGCCUCAUUCGUCUCAUGCUCAAACUCGUUCGGAGACCCUCUCUCUUCGACGUCUGCACCUUCUUCCUCUCCAGCGCCACACUCCAUUGUCGCGCAGAAUUCGAAGCCAUCCCCGAAGCCAUCCCAUUCCUCGCCGCUUGCACUUUCAGCUCGAACUCGCGCUUCAGAAACGCAGGUCUCAUGGGCAUCCUCAAGUACCAAUGGCCAAUCGCCGAGCUCGAGACCCCGAGCUUUUCGGAUUCUCGCGAGGAAAUCCUGAAGGCAGCCGACUUCGCAGCUCUGACUGGUCCUGGUGGCCCUCUCGAAAACGCACCGCUCGAGCGCUCCGAGGCUUUCCCUAUGGUCUACUACGCCCCGUACUACAUGAGAGGGAUGGACCAGGUCGCUCAAGAUCAUGACUACUACACCCUCGGCACGAAGUUAGCAGGUUGGAUCCUCGCUUGCGAAACCGUCGUUAUAAUGGGCGAAUUCAACAAAUCUACGGUCGUCCAGCCGUUCCCGUGCAGGAACUAUAUAGACGUACUUCCUCUGUGCGCCAAAGCCCUCCGCGACCGAGGAGGCCCCGAAGACCGUUUCAAGGCCGACGUCAUCGAGAUCAAGUACAAUAUUGCCGCCAAACGCUACACCAAGGCCCGUGAGCUCGGAAAGAAGUGUACCUCCGUCUAUCCCCAAUGCGCCUUCUUCUGGUAUGCCGCCUCAUGCGAAGCCGAUCAAGAGGAAGCGCUGCGGUACUUGAAGAAGGGUAUGAAGUGCUCGGGCCAGACGGAAUACGUGAAAUUCAACAUGCUAUAUAGGGCUUCGACGAGCGCAAUGACGCUGGCGCAGAAGGCUUUGAGGUUUGCGAUGUAUUCACAGCGGACAUGGCAGGAGGCGGUGGCGUUUUCUAUGUCUGCUUUGGACGAUACUAGGACUUUUCUGGACACUGCGAGUCCAGAUGCGAAGAGGAUGGGAGAUGUGGCGUACAUCUAUGUGCUGAUGGUCAUGUUGGUGAAGGGUCACGAACUAAAGGAUGACUCGGAGGAGGUUAUGUUCGUCAAGAGCAAGAUUCGCAAAGCUGAGUCUGUGGCCCACUAUUUUAGUCGACCUAUUCCUAGGACGGAAAACCGCCUUGCUGCCCUCAUGCUCCUUGAUCUCCGCUCUUCUCCAUCUUGCUCUCAAUGGCGCGACGUAAUCAUCGCCGGUACUGCCCACGCGAAGCAGGACACUACUAUGUCUACUCCCAAGACCGACGGCGACUCUUCCGCGCGCGACGACCUGAACGCUUGGCUUGCGAAAGGCGCCGACGAUCCGGAGGCGGAGGGACAAUAUAUCGUCCAUUCGGACAAUAGGGUUCAGCCAGUAGAUGGAGCGAAUAUGCCGAGCUGGGCGCAGUCGGAGUUGUAUAGGUGUUCGUGGUGUAGGAACCCGAGUGCGGUGUUGCACAAGUGCAGGAAUUGUGGGAAAGUUAGGUAUUGCGAUAGCGUAUGUCAAAAGCAACAUUGGAAGGCGCACAAGCCGGCGUGUAAGGCCUGAGAAGUUUAAAGGGUGAUAUGUAUUUCUUGUACGAUGCUCAGCACACCGUCAGGCGUGGCGGUCUGCUUCUCUCUAUCUCGAUUUUGCGUCAUUUUUCUCGUCCUUUUUGUUCUGAGCUCGAGUUUCUGUCGCUCGUCAAUUCAUAGGUGGUCACUCUACCUCAA